AUGUUAUCUAAAGCACUUCUUAUUUCAACAUCCAUCAUCUGCCUUAAUUCUCUCUAAUCUGUUGAGGCCAAAAGUAAAUUUCUUGGCUUGAGUACACAAAAUGAUCACCUAAAUCAGAUUUAACUAUCUGAAUUAGAUUUAAAUUCUCAAUAUAAGCCAGAUCAGUAUUCAUUUGGAGUACUAAGCAAAUCACCAUCUUAACUGACGGCUUAAAAAGAACUCAAUAAACUGAAUAAAGGGAUGUAACAGAUAGGCUAAGUAAUGGAAAAAUACAAUAAAUGUGAAAAAGAUUGCAGAGAUGAGAAAUGCAAUUAAGAAUGCACUUUAACUCUGAUGAGUUCCUUUAACUCAAUUAAAGAUAAAGAAAAUAACUAGCAUAUUUCACAAAGCCUGCUUUUGAAGGAAUCCAAAAAGAAAAAAGUAGAUGAAAGGGAGAAAUAAGACUCCAAGAAUGAUCAUAACGAUUCAAUUGAAAAAUCGAUUCAAAUUGAAGUUUAAGAAUAAGAAGAAAAGAAUAAGAGAUCUAUUCCAGAAAAUUCAUAAGAAACUAAUACCAAAGUGAAGGAAAGCCAUUAUUGUCAUGAAAUAUGCCAUGAUAACUCAAAGUGUGUCACUAAAUGCUUGGCCUAUAUUGAUUCAAGAAUUGAAGAUCUAAACGAUAAACCAUUGCUUAUGCAAGCAAUUUUUGAGACCUAAACUGAAUAAGAAAAGCCUGCUCAUGAUUGGAAUUACUAUAACCAACAUCCAGACUAUGAAGCAUUCUUUGCUUGCAGAAAAAGGGCUCAAACUGAAAAACAAAUUGAGAGGUGCUUUAAAUACCUUGGAAAAAAUAGCUGGAAAUUAGAAAAGCAAGCAGCUAAUCCUCAUGAAACACUCUCGAAAGAAACUUAGCAGAUUAUUCAAUGA